UUAACUUCUGUAUUUGUGUUUUUUAUACAAUUCAAAAGUUUUCAAUCAAAACUGCAAACAAAAUGACAGAUGUAGAAGAUAUUAUACAUUAUAUUAAAUCAUUAAGAAAGGGUUUUGAUAAGGAUUUGUUUCAAAGAAAAAUCGAUGAACUUGCUUAUAUUGUGGAAAAUGAAGGCUUGGAGUAUAAUGAUUUCCAAACGUUAUUCAAAGUUUGGUUAAAUUUAUCAAUACCUAUAACGAAAUGGACAAGUCUGGGAGCGUGUUUAGUUCCUAACGAAAAAAUCGGCAAGCUUACUAUUGACUACGCUCUACGUUGGCUUCUCGCUAAACAUGAUAAUCAAUCAAACUUUUCAAAUAUAAGCUUUUUACUUGACUGGUUAACAGCUGCAAUGGACUGCAAUUCUGUUGAAUUAGAUGCACUUAAUAUUGGAUAUGAAGUCUUUUAUUCAACAUUGACAUAUGAAGCACUGGCACCUCAUUCAAUUAAAUUGGUGUACAAUCUGACUAAACCAAGUGAUGUUACAAGAAGAAGAGUUGUUGAACUUUUAAACUGCGCAAAGAAAAGGGAAGCAAAAAAGAACUUAUACCGUCAGAUUCAAGUUCUUUUGGGAUUGUUCAAGUCAUAUAGACCGGAAUGUGUUCCUGAAGAUAUACCAUCCAUAUCCAUACAUACAUCUUUUAGAAAGAUAAAUGCAAACCUUUUGAAUCGAUUCACAAUAAGUCAGAGCAAAAGAAAUUUGUUGUGCAAUACAAAACAGUAUUUAUUGUGGACGAAUCCAAUUAAUUGUGACUCGGGAAGAAAUAAGAAAGACCCACUGAUACCAAACAUGGAAUUUUUAAAGCUUGGUUCAAUGCAGUAUACUGAACAAGUUACACAAAAAACAUAUCUUGAUUUUUCUAGCCCAGUAUCUCUGCUGAAGCACAGUGUUAGCCGGUCCAGCAUUCGGCCAGCGCGACUGCGCGCUCUGCUCUGCAACGACACUGGCACCACUCUGCUGGCACUGGCCAGCGACAAUGAACAGGCUUUCUUCUCACAUGACCUGCAUCAUAUACUCAAUCACUGUUUCUUUGACAAAUCACCAUACAGUUACGAGGAGAAGCGAUACCUGCUGCACAGACUGGCAGUAUUCCAGCGCACAAUACUGCAAGGAAUUCCCGUUGUGACCAGAUUCCUUGCAAAGUUUAUAGCGUUCUGGAACGAAACUGACUUCUUUGGUGAGAUAAUGGACCUGGUGGAAUGGUUGAGUGCGGAUUGUUAUGAAUACAUUGAGGCAAUAAUGACUUCACUCACAAAGAUAUACUGCAGAGCAAAUUCAAUGGACCAAUGCGUUAUACUCAGGAGUUUGUCAGCGAUAUAUGCUAAUUUAGUCUACACCAGUGUUCGAAAUUGCAGAUUAUUUAUGAGUACAAACUCACCACAGAUAGAAUACACACAGAUUUUACGUGGAGUAGCAAAAUUGUUAACACAAUUGUAUAGCAAAGGCUUACAAAUAAAUCCAGACAAUGCGCUAGUGCUGGCGAGUUGCCUGAGCGCUGCGUCGCGCUGCGCACGCGCAGAUGUAUGCCUGGGCGCUGCGUGCAGUGUGCCGGCCGCGCUGCUGCUGGCGCUGCCGCUGCUGGCGCCCUCUGCCGCCACCCUCGACCACCUCGUACAUCUCAUACUUACGUACAGGAAGAUAUUCUCGAAGUUAAAAAAUAAGAACAAUGGUGUACGAAAUACCCACGAAUUUGAACAUCGACAGUUACUAAAGGCGUAUACAUCAGACAUUAUAUCUUGUCUGUAUCAAGAAAACUUCCUCAGCAACCGCCAGGAAGGUUACGUGUUCAGCAAACUGAACAUGCAGACUGUAACAAUGCUGAACAAAGUCAUCCCUAACGCUGAUUCUAAACUAAGUCUCAGGAAUCAUUUAGCAUUUGCGCCGUACACUUAUUUACAAAUUGAAGGUUCACAAGCUGAGACCAUAGACAACUCAAUGUGGUUCAAAUACGCCAUCGACAAACAGUUCCCUAGUUUGUGCAAGUUGUUGAUUAUGACUACACCACAAUUGAUUAGUUAGACUGAUUGUUGUCUAGACAGAAAUUUUUCAAUUCACUUUGAUAUAUUAGAUAUUGUAUAUAAUAACAUGAAACUUGCGAGGUGUGAUUCUUUACCCCCUUUUCUUUACCCCUUCCCCUGUAAAGUAAAAAAGCAUGUUUUUAUGACGUCAUCAGUCUCAAAUCUCAUGUGUAUGUUUCGUUUGACGUCACAAGUUACUUAACUGGAUUUUGUCUAUGUCCUGAUAAUUUAGUUGUUGUGUGAAAUAAAACUAAUUACUAAUAAGGGACUAUUGAUAAAUAUAAACGCCU